GAAGUGCUCUCCUCACUCUCACACACUCCUCCGACACGCUCAACCUCUUUUCUCAAGAUGACUGCAGGGCUGUGUGUGUGUGUUGUGCUGGCAGUCUUGUGUACGAGCUGUUUGGGGCUCCCCUUCUCCUCCCAACCUCUUGACGAGGGCCACCGCUCCCUGCCCGCUGCUUCUGAAGCUCUCCUUGAGGCUGACACCCACAUCUUAGGAGAGCCCCACAUCCAACACAGCCGCUCUGCCCCCCAGCUGAAAGCUCUCCCUUUGGCCGAGGACGAUGCAGACUCCCGAGCCAACCUCAGUGAGCUGCUGGCAAGACUCAUCUCCUCCAGGAAAGGAUCUGUGCGUAGAAACUCCACGGCAAACAACAGAGGCAAUGGACUGAGUGCCAACCAUCGGAUAGCAGACAGGGAUUACAUUGGGUGGAUGGAUUUCGGCCGCCGCAGCGCAGAGGAGUAUGAAUACUCCUCGUAAAAAGGAGAAGUCGCGACUCAGAGCCCUCUGUACGGGCAUAUGGAAAAAGAAGAGAAAAAAAAUCAUGCAAGCUGGCUCCUCACUGUCUCACAAUAAGAGUCUAUUUAUGAUGUAUUUGUUGUACAUUUGUUUGUAAAACUGUAAUAAUGCAAUAUACAUAUGCCAAAUUUUGCAGAAAAGCUCUCACUGUCCAAGAUUUGUUUGUUUUCUCUGGUUUCUUUAUCAUUUGGGGAGGAGAGGGUUGGGAUGGUGUGAGGGUCUGUUGAGACUAA